GCUAAUUAGUUUUAACAAUAAAAGUUUAGCAUUCAAAUUUUCUCUGGUGGUUCUAAUUUAUUAUUUAUGCACCCAUGCAUUCAAUGCGGGGGUUGUUUCAACAUUGGUGAAGAUGAUGAGGGUACAGUUAGUCCAAAAUGGAAAGGUGCCCAUCCAGAUUCUGUACAGAAACUUUUUGCAAAGGUAUCAGGAGCAAUAAACAAGAUACUGGAAAAUAUGAAAGUGAGAAUUCCAGGCAAACCUGCUCAAUCUGAUGCCAGGUUAUUCCAGGGCAAAAGGGGUUCUUGGGUAGUGCAUUUUCUUCUAAGAAGGGUAGCAGUGAUGGGGAUAGGUAAGCUUAGUUUUUAAGUUGCUCACUAAAACUAGUUCUGUUAUGUCUAGACAGCUUGCUAUUAAGUGGAAUCUACUAACCAAUUUCAGUUUUAGAAAGAGAUCUAAAGUUGAUGACUUUGGAUUUCUUUGCAAGUUAAAAGUAACUUGUAGGUAUAUCAUGUUCCUCCUGUAGAAUGUUUUUGUUGAUCUGAUCAUUUCUUUCCAUUAUACUGACUUGGAAGAAGCUGUGCUGAUGUUAUUUCUUCCAAGGUACUAUAUAUUUUUGUGGGUGAGUCAGGCACUUGUUUCCUUC